AUGAGCCCAGCUCUGGUGGGCAUGGGUCAGGGCAUGGCCAAGGGUGAGGCUGUACAGGGGGUGCUUCCUGCUGUAGCCAGACCUAGGUCAGUCCUGCCCUCCAGUCUUAUGGGUACUUGGGCCCUCGCACCCAUGCAGACCAGAGCUGCGGGUGCUGUCGUCUGUCCUUCCCCAAACCUGCCAGCCCUGUGCCUAGAGCAUUUGUUGAAUGGCAUGGCGACGUCUCUGUUACACCAGCUCAGAGAUUCCCGUGUGUGUGGGCCCCCCAGGCCCGCACUCUGGGCGCUCCUGCUGGCGCUGCUGGGGGCUGCACCGGGCCGGGCCAGGCUCGGCGCCUGCAGCGUCCCCGACGUGCUCCACCACUACCGCGCGGUCAUCUUCGAGGACCUGCAGGCCGCGGUGAGGUGGACCGGGCCGGGCUCCAGACAACUCCAUUUCAUUCAGAAAAACCUGACUGGAGCCGCGGCCUCCCGAUGGCGGGGCCGGGUGGGAGCCUCCUGUGGCGCCCAUAAGGAGCACAGUAUCCUACUGUCCAUCGUGGCCCUGGGUCGGACCCUACGUGGGGCGGUGGCCGGGGGCCGCCGCGGGGCUCUGGAAAAGGCAGCUUGGACCGUGGCCGUGCGCACCGAGGCGGUGAUGCGGCGCCACUGCCGGACGCUGCGCCAGCGGAGCCGGCGGCCCGAGACGCGCCCUGUUCGGCGUCGGGGCGGCCGGAGGCGGCUCCUGCUGCGCGCCCUGGACGCCGUCGCCACCUGCUGGGAGAAGCUCUUCGCGCUGCGCGCCGCGGCCACCGACGGCUCCUGGGGCCCCUAA